GCAGUCGGACCUCGGUCGCCCCGGUAACGCGCGUGGGGCCGGUUCCUCAGCAUGAGCGUCCGGGUCGCGCGGACUCUGAGGGCCUGGGUUUGGGGUGCGGGCUGUCGCCGCGGCGCCUCGAAUUUCCGGCCGCCGCCCGGCGCGGUGGACGCGGCGGCGCUGCUGCGAGAUGCGACCCCAGCGGAGGAGAGGCCCCGGGAGGCGGCGGCGCGGCGGCGGCCCGGCCAGUGCUCGGUGCUGCUCUUCCCCGGCCAGGGCAGCCAGGUGGUGGGCAUGGGCCGCGGUCUGCUCCGCUACCCGCGCGUGCGCGAGCUCUACGCCGCCGCCAGCCGCGUGCUGGGCUACGACCUGCUGGAGCUGAGCCUGCGCGGGCCGCAGGAGGCCCUGGACCGCACCGCGCACUGCCAGCCCGCCGUCUUCGUGGCUUCCCUGGCCGCCGUGGAGAAACUGCAGCACCUGCAGCCCGCGGUUAUUGAGAACUGUGUCGCUGCUGCUGGAUUCAGUGUGGGGGAGUUUGCAGCCCUAGUGUUUGCCGGAGCCAUGGAGUUCUCUGAAGGUCUGUAUGCCGUGAAGGUCCGAGCUGAGGCUAUGCAGGGAGCCUCGGAAGCUGUCCCCAGCGGGAUGUUGUCCGUCCUCGGCCAGCCUCAGUCCAAGUUCACCUUCGCCUGUUUGGAAGCCCGAGAGCACUGUGAGACUUUGGGCAUAGAGAACCCUGUGUGUGAGGUGGCCAACUACCUCUUUCCGGACUGCAGGGUCGUUUCAGGACACCUGGAGGCUCUGCAGUUUCUCCAGAAGAAUUCCUCCAGGUAUCACUUCAGACGCACCAGGAUGCUGCCAGUCAGCGGCGCCUUCCACACCCGCCUCAUGGAGCCAGCCCUGGAGCCCCUGGCGCGAGUCUUACAGGCGAUCGACGUGAAGCAGCCCCUGGUUUCCGUGCACGCCAACGUCGACGGGCACCCGUACCGGCACCCGAAGCACAUCCGGAAGCUGCUGGCGCGGCAGGUGGUCUCCCCGGUGAAGUGGGAGCAGACGAUGCACGCGUUAUACGAGAGGAAAAAGGGCACCGAGUUCCCCAAAACCUUCGAGGUGGGACCUGGGAAGCAGCUGGGAGCCAUCCUGAAGAGCUGUAACCUGCAGGCCUGGAGGUCCUACAGCCACGUGGAGGUGCUGGAGGCGGACGAGGCCCCGGGCCAGGACCCGUAGAUGUCCCGGGACCACGGGCUGGGUGCUGCAGGGACCGAGCCAGCCUGUCCUCCUGGGAGGCCGUUCCUGCCCCGCCUUCCUAGCCAGAGUGACCGGGAGGGACUGUGAAGCCCCGAAAGGGAGUGUUUCUGUAUACCACAGUCCACUUCUCGAAACACGUGUGGACGCUGGGGAAAGGACACGGCAGCGCGGGUUCUGUGAGGAGACCGGGGGUCCUCGCUCGCCUUCCCGGCGCUGCAUGGGCAGACGUGGCCCCCGCAGGGCUCCAGGAUGUGAGGCAGCCCGGCCGGCAGGCCUGUGGCCGUCACUCCCGGCGUGGCGGGUGCUGUGGGCACCCUGGCAUGGCCGCAAGGCAGGCCAGUGCUGGGGAUGGAGGCGGGGCUCCACUGUCCCUGCAGCUGCCCUCAGUCCACAGGCCCCGGCUGGCCUGCGCGGCCCUUCCACCCAGCUGUCACCCAGGGUUGGGAGACCCAGUCCCACCUGACUGACUGACCCAAGAGAUGGUGUCGCGUGCCAGCUGUGUGCCCGGGCGUGGCCUCUGCCCUGGCAGGGACGGGGUCCUUUAGCAAGGUGGGAGGGUGCAGGGAGGGCCAACGAGGGCCUGCUCCCUUCCCCCAAGUCAUCCCUUCAGCAAGUACUGAGUGCCUGCUGCCUGCCCGUGACCUGGUCUGGCUCAGGGCGUCUGUGCCGCCCACACCGGGAGCCGGGCACAGGCGCCCUGCAGAAGCAGCUCCCACGUCGGUAUUAAAUGAG